GGUCUGUCACUGCUCUAAAGAGACUGGGUUCAGAAUUUUAGAGCAGAGAGAAUGGCUGAGAGCAGAGAAGAGCAGCUGCAGGAGAGCUCACGAGCAUACGGGCACUUACAGACCGAGUACAACUCAUUGACUGGAACUCUCAACACCAUGAAAAGGAGGGCAGCACAACUACGAAAAGAUAAUGAGUUUCUUCAUAAUGAAAUCUACAAGACACGCAUGGAGACUCAAGAGUACGUAUCCUGUAUGUUCAAGCAGACUCAGGAUCGGCAGAGUGCGGUUGAUACUCUGAAAGAUCAGACCCAGAAGAAGCUGGAGGAUCUUAGGAGACAGAGAGAGGAGGCACUGGAGAAAUACCAGGAACAGACCACUGAGCUGAAGAGGGAGAUUUUGAAGAAGGAACAUGAGCUGGCUCUGCUAAAGACUGAGAUAGCUGAACUCAAAGAAUUUGAGAGUUUGAGGCAGCAGCAGUUAGGCCGUAUAGCUGAUCUGGAACAGGAGAAAGCAGCUAUGCACCAGUAUCAUGCUGAGUCUCUGGCGGCUCUGAAGGCCAGUUUUUUAAAGGAGAAGGAACAGUAUGAGGCACAGGUCAAAGACAAGAUGCAGGCGUUCACCCAAGCAGCUGACAAGGAGGCAACCCAUUGUCUGCACUCUCGCACUCAAGAAGUAUCUCAGGAGAAUCAGCUUCUGCGCAAAGAGCUGCAGCAGCUCAUCUCGAGAGCUUGUGCUCUCCGAAAAAAGAAGCUUUCGAUGACAUGCCGCAGGGAUCCGCAACAGCAGAAAGAAAACACGCAGAAGCUCAAUCAUGUGAGCUCCUCCACUAACUCACUUUCUACAACACUAGAGGGUGCCAGCGCUGUGAGGACUGAUGCUGGAGCAGAUGCUACCGACUGAGGGAGUUGACACAUGGCAUCUGAACAUAAACAUUACAGAACAGUGUCUUGUAGUUGUUCAUCUUUCAUACAGUUGCACUGCCUGUGUACUGUAGAGCAUUUGCUAUUGCUAUUUAUCUUAAAUAGCAGAUUGAUUAAAACAGUAACAUAUUUCAGCAUAUACUGAUAUUAGCCCCCCCUAACUUUCAAAAAAAUUAUUAAAACUAUCAUAACCAUUAUAAAUAACUAUUAAGCUAUUAUAAAACUUACUUUGAUUAUUUAUCAUAUUUAUAAGUUUUCAGACUACACGUUUGUCAUAUUUUUCAGCUUAAUCAUUUUAUUUAUUUAACUAAUCAUUUUUUUUUUCAUUAUUUCCGGUCAUGCAUGCAUCCACCCUGUCCUGCAAGCUUCAUGACAUUAACAAAGAGACUAUUUAAGAAAAAGUUGGCAUUUAUUAACAACAUGGUUGACUUAGAGUCGCAAACCUAUUGAAUUGUUCAUGGUGACCAUGAGAGAAUGGACAGCUUAAAUUUACCUCAGCUAAAUGUGGAGACAAAUAUUAAGUAUAAUUAAUAUUAUUAAUUGCUGAACAUUUGUCUCUUGAAAUAAAAAUAAAACGAUUGUGAUGCCACUAAUUCUUAAAGAUUGGACAGGGAAUUCUUGAACAUGUUUAAAUAGCCUGAUGUGUGAAAAUGGUUAAGUGAAUAAUUAGAAUACCUUAAUUAUUAAGGAAAUUAUGAUUGUAAUAUAAUGUUAUUUAUCUGCUUGAAAUGUUUAUUCAACUUAACCGGGCAGCACUGCAAUGGUAAUGGUUGGAACACCGUUUGCCUGUAUUACAUUGUGUUUGCCAGAAAAGUGAGUAAAUGACUGUAAGACAUAUACA